AUGGGUAAUUGUUUACGGCAUCAAUCAUCAACACAAUGGGCCGGCGACGACUGGGGAACAACGGUGGCUGACUACGGCGAAGACGACGGGUUUUCCGACAUUAAAACGAAAGAAAAGGGUAUUGUAGGAGAUCAUCAUCAAAAAGAUGGUUUUAUUACAACAUCUUCGACUCCAACUGUUCAUGAAGUUAAAGUGAAGAUAACGAAGAAGCAGUUGGAGGAAUUAUUAGGUAGGGUUGAUGUAAAGGAGUUAUCAGUACAACAGGUUUUAGCACAGUUGAUUAAUGUUAGUAAUCAAUUUGAUGAAACAAAUCAACGGUCAUGGAGGCCUGCACUACAAAGCAUUCCUGAGGUGAAUUGA